CGGCCGAACCUCGUUCGCGAUCAGUAACCGGUUCAUCUUCACACCGAAGGGGUUUGUAUUGCACCGCAGCUUCUAGAAGAGACAUACAUGUAUAUUAGCACGCGCGAGCUGGAAAGUAGCAGAAUAGCAUUACUAUCACCAAAAGACAUAACCGUCAAAACUGCAGGAAGGCAUAGAAACCAGCGUUGAGGCUAAUCAAAUUUCCAUACCACGUUUGGACUCAGAGAACACAUCAACCAACACCGAAAUUCACACAAAUUCUCGAAGAACACUCCCAAGAUGCAGAACAACCGCCAACUACGUGAUCCGGUCACGUUGCCAUCCGGACUUGUCUUCAAAAAUCGGCUACUCAAGGCAGCGAUGGCAGAGACUAUGUCAAAGUCUCACGACCCAACAGAUACCCUCAUGGCGGCCUACAAGGCAUGGGGAAAGGGAGGAUGGGGCGGAAUCAUAACAGGAAAUGUAAUGAUCGAUGAGCGCUGGCUCGGAAACGCCCUAGAUGUAUCUCUCACACCCAGCACUAACCCCGAACUCAUUGCUCAAUGGCGAAGAUACGCAGAAGCAUGUCGUGUCGAAGGCACACCAGCUAUCAUCCAGCUUAACCACCCCGGCCGCCAGAGUCCCCUCGGAGCAGGUUCCAAAGGACUGUUUGAGAAGAACAUCGCCCCAAGCCCCAUCGCAUUACAGUUCGAAGACAACAUCUGGGCAAAGACGGCGCAAAAGCUCAUCUUCGGCACCCCACGAGAGAUGACGGUUGCAGAAAUUGAAGACGUGGUAAAAAGACACGCCGACGCAGCCAAGUUCCUUAGCGAAGCAGGAUUCGACGGCGUAGAACUACACGCCGCACACGGAUACCUACUGAAUAUCUUCAUGUCUCCAAAGACCAACCAAAGGCAAGACAAUUACGGUGGCUCGGCGUUUAACCGCGCCCGCAUCGUUCUCGACAUCAUCAAUGCUAUCCGCGCUGUCGUCCCAUCCACGUUCACAGUCGGCAUCAAGCUUAACUCCGCAGAUCUUCAACGCUCAAGCGAUAUGGAAGAGGUUAUGCAACAGAUUGGUUACCUUAGAGAUACUGGUAUCGACUUCCUCGAGAUCAGCGGUGGAUCGUACGAGAACCCUAGGAUGAUGAAGGGUGACGAGCCACAGCCUGGCGAGAAGCCAGUAUCCGAGCGUACCGCAAAGCGCGAAGCUUUCUUCCUUGAUUUUGCGAGGGUGGUUAGGCAGAAGUUUCCAGAUGUGGUUUUGAUGGUUACAGGCGGUUUCCGUAGCUUGGCGGGUAUGCGUGCCGCGCUUGAGGAGAAUGCUUGUGAUCUGAUCGGUCUGGCACGGCCAGCUGCUGUGGACGCGAGUUGGGCCAAGAAGGUCUUGGAAGCGGAGGCUGCGGGUGGUGAUAUAAGUUUGAGGUUGGAUGCUGUGAAGCCGAGCUGGCUAGUCAGCAAAAUCCCGGUUAAGGCUUUAGGUGCUGGUGCUGAAAGUGCUUUCUAUGGAGCGCAGAUUGAACGUAUCGGCAAAGGGUUGCCAACACGAACGCCUCCAACGGCAUCAUGAGAUGGAUAUGGAAAUCUGGUUUGCGCUGUUGUUUCGGUUAGUGUCUUGAUCUGGCUCGUUGCCUUUGUGUAUAAUGAAGUUGGUCGUCUGAGUCUUGUUACUCUUGUGUGGUUAGACUCCAGCACAACACGUACAGCGACGCAGCUGGUCUCAGCAAGAAAGCUGUAAUGAAGUAAUCUAGGCCUCAUUUGCAUUGGUAUGUGGUGAAAUUGCAAGAACUCUCAAUCAUCGCAGGUUGCUGAGAAAAGAGUCUCCAACAUAGCCUUGGAUACUCCACCAAUGAGCGUCUCC